CUCUGCCAGUGCAGAAAGCUGUGGUGGCUCUUCACGGCUGGAGCGCGAAAGCUGCAGAGUUCAGGGCCGGCUGUCUGCAGGAAUGGCGCUGGCGCCCUUCCAGAGACUUGCGAACGGCGCUGCUACCCAUGAUGUAACUGUGCCAUCAAGCAAAUGGCUAGCCGGAGGCGGACAUGGAAGGAACCGGAGGGGGGAUGUUGGCAGGCUGGGAUGGUGUGAUUAGGAUGGAAAGCGCAGGGCCACAAGCGCCCUGAGAAGCGCAGGGGGUGCCUAUGUCUGCGCAAUAAGAUUUACUCCCGGUUAGGUGCACAGAUCCAGGCAACGCGCAUGCGAAGGCGCCAAGAACGAUUGGGGGCGCGGGUCAGGUUAGGGGUGGUCUCGCCCCUUCAGUCUGCCGCGGCAUCAAUGUUCCCGCUAGUGCCUGCCUCACUGUGCACCCACUUUACAAAUGUAAGAUACCAUGGCUCUCCGCCAAGCCAUCGAGAUGCCGCAUAGCUAGCUGCUGGACACUUGAAGGGGCCAUGCCCGGCCCAAGGGUCUGCAUUACAACGUACUCUGGUCACCCUGCGCUUUUCGUUUCCUUGAAGCAUUGUCGAUAAGUAACAGCCCCCUCUCUGCUCCAACCCACAAAUGUCUUCAGCCGCACCACCUGCGACGUCUGAGGCGGUCGGUGAAGCCAAACACGCGCCUGUGGUUGGGCCAGUGUUCGCUGUGCUCAUCGUCGCGGUAGCGCUGCUGUUGAGCUGCCUGGCCAACGACUCGUGCCCAGUGCUGGGCGACCGCGUCGCGCGCCGGUUCCGUUCACUGGGCCGCUGGCUGUCGCGCUACUGCUGCUGUUGCCGCUGCGGAGCUCGGCGUGGCUCUGGCGCGGCGCACUCGCCUUCCCACUCAACCUUCUUCGCCAGCAAUACCCGCUGGGUCCCCAUUGUGACGGCAGCGGCGGCAGCGGGGAAAGCCACCAAACCUGCGGCAGGCGCAGAAGCACCCCUGCCAACGCCAGCGCCAUUCUCACAGCCACUGCCAUCAUCGUCACAGCCGGUGUCCGGAGCGGCGCCGGUCUAUGAGCAUGGCCAUGUGACGCAGCUGAGGUGGGCGGUGCAGCUGCCAGCGGAGGACGAGGAUGCUCAGGGCGGCGGGGGAAAGCUGCCUCACCACGCCGCCUUCUUCAGCAGCCUGCGCGAACCUCCAGGAGCAGGUGCGGGCGCAGCGGUGCACGGGUCGGUGGCAGCAGCUGGAGGCAGCCUUGCCGGCCCUGGCAGCGAGGUAGUGGGCGGCUCAUCCUCCGCGGACGCCGGCAGCCCCGAAGCACACGGCACUGGCGGCUCCAGCCCGCCCGCCAGCAGCUUCACCGGGGCGGGGGGACCCAGCAGCCGCUCCAGUGCAGCCCCACGCUCUGCUGUAGCGCAAAGCUCCCCCUCUCAGCUGGUGGAUGGCAGGAUAUCAGCCGACGACGAAAUGCACGUGCUACAACCGCCCUCGCGCGUCGAUAGGGCAUGGCCAUCAGAGCCAUCCGAGCCGCCGCGGCGGUCGCCGUCGCCAGAGUACGUUUCCGCACGGACCCACUUCUCGACUACCACUCAAAGCCACAGCCGGUGCGGAAGCAGCAACAGCGACAACGCUGGACAGGCGACGCGCGCGGCAGCCCAGUCAGCGGCGGACGGUGGUGGCAGCAGCGCCCCUGCCGGCGGUUCUGGUGCUCCAGCUGCUGCUGCGCUCGCGCCGGCGGGACCUGAGGGUUCACAGCAUAACGCCGCGGUACAGAAGGCACCAUCCUCCAACCAGGGCACAUCCACGCAGCCGCAGCCGCGGCCGUCACCGCAGCCAGUCCCGACAUCUGCAGCCGCGCCGGUGCUGGGCGGGGGGGCCUACGCAGUACGGCCUCGGGAGUUCUGGGCGUUUGAUGUCCUGGACCCAGCCCACCUGGUGAGCAGCUUCUGGGUGCGGCCCUCCAUGCUGCUGGCGCUGCACGUGCUCACCGCGCUGUACCUGACGGCGGUGCUGCUGCUGGAGCGGUUUGAAGAGUCAAACCUGGGCCCCUGGUGGGUCACCUUUUUCACGGACUGGGCCAUCGCCGUGUUCGGCUUCUCCGCUGCCCUGGCCGCGGUCAACACCGCGCGCUGCCUGCCGCUCCUUGCGGCUUCAGCGCCGCGCCCCGACAACUCCCCCUCGCGCACCAACUGGGGCUCCUCCCUUGCCUCAAAGGGAGCUUUCCCGCACGGGCACACGCAGCAGGGCGGUGGAGCGACGGAGGAAGCGGCGGACAUUGAGCAAGGCAGGCGUACAGGCCACGGCCUCAGGCGCAACCCCAGCAGCUCUAGCGGCAGGAGCGGCGGCAGCAGCGGCACGCGGCCGCGAGGACCGCUGGGGGCUGCGGUGCAUGCGCUCAGCCGCGCCGCCGCUAUGGCUGUGGCAGCGACUGCGACCGGUGUGGCCGCCGCCACUGCGCACGGCAAGCCUAGCCGCAGCACGCACAGCGACACCGCGCCCGACCAGCACCAGCAGCAAAUGCGGCGCCAACCAGCCCCAAGCACGAGCGAGGCUGCUGAGCAUACCUCCUCUGCUGGCCUCACACCAGGCGGCGACGACCUGCAGGCUACCGACCAGCACUGCAAGGGCCACGGCGACGGCGCCAGCCGUGCCGCACGCAACAGCAGCCCACAGCGCCGCCGCGCUGAGGGAGGCAGCGCUGAGCCAGCAGAGAGCCCCCACGACCGCUCGUCAUCAGAGCAGGCGCACCCGCAUGCCGCAAUCCUUGAGCGCCUGGCCCGCGCUGCGCCGGUGGGCCCUCUUGCUGCGGCCGCCACGGCCGUCCAACAAAGUGCUGUCGGCGGCGAGGGUGCGAUGGGGCGCGGCGGCGGCGGCGGUGGCAGUGGCGGCCAGCAGGAUUGGCGCGCCGCGUUCCAGCCGCUCGGCUCACACGUGGCUGCGGGCGCCGGCCUCACAGAGCUGCCUCGCAGCAGGUUCAACAGCGCUGGCAGCGCUGACAGCGCCGGCGGCGCCCCGGGCAUGAGCGGGGCGGGUCCAGGGCCGGAGCAACGGCCGCAGGCGGAGGCACGGGCAGGGGCAGGGGCAGGGGCAGACACAAUGGUGGCUGCAGACAGCGCGGAGGCAAACGAAGAGGAGCGCGACGGCGGCAGUGUUGGACACACUGCCCCACAGGAAGGUGGGGCGAAGCCCAGCGCGCGCGCGGCUUCAGGGGUACCGCCAACAACAGGUGCUGCUGAGGCCCAAGACGAGCCCACGGUGCCACGCCUGCAGUGGGACGCGCUGAGCGUGGCGCACUGCUUGGGGCUGGAGGUGUCGGUGGUGACCGCCCUGUUCGUCACCAUCGUGUACUGGGUGGGGCUGGUGGGGCUGGCGGGCGAGUCCUUCAACGCCCGCUCGGCGCCCAACUACAUGAAGCACGCCGCCAACUCCGGCAUGGCGCUGAUGCACGUGAUGUUGACCCGCCUGCCGCUGGUGUCGGUGCACUUCACCGCCUUCCUGCUGUUCCUGGCUUCCUACUGCGUGUUCCUGUGGAUCUACGGCGAGGUGUCGGGCGUGUGGCGCUACGGCCUCAACUGGACCACCCCGCGCGGCGUGGCGGGCGAGGUGGUGCUGGUGGUGCUGGCGCUGCUGGUGUUCCUGUGCUGGUAUGGCAUGGCACGCUUGCGGGAGCACCGUGGGCGGCUUCGGGUCAUCCGAGUGGGGGACUUCGCGUUCGUAGACACGGCGGACGUGCUCGCUGCGGGAGGUGGUACUGCAGGAGCAGGCGGAGCAGGCGGUGACGCGGGUGGAGCAGCGCGCCGGGGUGGAGGCAGGGAUGGCGCGAGGCGCUUGUCUAGCUAGAGGUACAAUGGGCAUUCAUAGAAGCGCCUGAACAGGUCAUCGCGUGUUGUGCGGAUCGUGUUGCAUCGGUGGGGUAGCACUGUAGAUGAACGGCUGGCUUGGGUCGACGUGUGCGCGCAUGCCACAUGAAUGAUAUUUAUAAAGGGAGCGAGGCAGUAUAAGCGCUUUGUGUUGGCGUCUGUGCGUGCAUAGCAUUUUCUGGUGUGACGGGGGAGGAAGGUUUGGAG